CGUAUCCGAUCAUAAAAUCUGUUUAUCUGAUUAUUCUAAUUUAUCGAGAACUGAAGCGGGAAGAAGUGCAAGAUUUUAUCUUGUUAAUAUGCGGGGAUCGCAGAAAUCAAAAAGGGUGUCUUGGGCCUCAGAUGUUAACCUUUGUCAGGUAAGGCUGUUUCUUUCUGAUGAUUCACCCUCGCAAGUUGGUAUUGGAGCUCAAGAUCACCUCCAAACAAAGACAUCAUGGCUAUUACAUUCAACUGGAAUGGGCGAUGAUCAUCUUCCUCCUGGAUUUGAGGCAGCUCAUCCUGCUAAUCAGUUGAAGGAAUUGUCUCUGAUCCCUUUGAUCAAAUGGAAAUGUCCUCCUACGUUUGUUUUAAUUCCCAGCUGGCAAGUGGUGGCUGGGGAAGAGAGCAAAGAGGCAGAGGUUGAAGACCAGAGAGAGAUGAGAGUACUGGAAGCAGUUUAUCCUCGUCCUUCUGCCAUUCCUUCUAGCCCUUCUGUUUCACUCGAAGUAGAAGACUAUCAACAUGAUGAUUCUCACACUCCUCUCAUUCCGGUCACUCCCAUUGAGGAUGAAGAUGCCACAGAUCCAUCAUGCAAUUUGGUUGCACCAACUAAUUGCAUGAGCUCACCACCUUUCAUUGUGUCCCAGAGCUUGUUGCCUCCUGGGAUGAAACCUCAAUCUCAAUACGAUGUUCAUUCUGCUUGGAAGGCACCAACUACCGAAAAACCUGCACUUGAUGCUGUACCUGAAGCUGACAUCGUUGCUGCUGCAUCUGCUGCCUUCACAGCAAUCAUGCGAAGCAAUGAGCAGGGAAGCUUGAUUGACAAUGACCUGCUUGUUAAGAUGCUCAACCACCCAAAACUAAUUGAGAAAUUGGUUGCAGAUUAUGGGAAACCCUCCAUUUCACAGUCCACACCCAAGCCAAAGUCACCACCAAUGACCCCAUUGCCCCCUCCCGUCCAUAUCAACAGGAUAGAAGUAGAUGUACCGUUUUCAGCAGCCCCCACAACUGGCCACUUCUAUCCUGUGACAAAUUCUGUAUUACCCACUUUGAAUCUUCCUCCGCCUGGAAUUGUUCAAUCUGUGAAAGCACCACCUGUGAAGGAUAUCAACUACUAUAAAAGCUUGAUUCAACAACAUGGAGGAGAGAAACCAGAAACCCAGGAUCACCCCUUCACACAACUUAGUGAUCGCCAGAACCAGCAAAUACUAGAAUCCAAUCCUGAACCUGUACAAAGUUCAAAACGGAGAGAUUCAAAACCCAAAAUCAUGAAGCCUUGCAUAUACUUCAAUAGUUCUAGGGGAUGCCGGAAUGGAGCCAAGUGUGCAUACCAACAUGAUGGAUCAUAUCAGAGGAGGGCCGGAAGCAUUCAGGAAGCACAGAGUGCAAAGAGAGUUAAACUAGACAGGGAAAUAACAGGAAGGACGUGAGGUGAUGUUUAGGUAUUACUCAGCGGUGUAAUAAUGUUUUAGAGGAUUUGGUAAAAGACAGUCCGGCUUCCAUAUUUU